AUGGCUCCCAAAAAGCAUAUAAACUGGCAGCCCUUCAUCCAGAAAGUCCUCGAGAAAUGGGCUCUCGAGUCCACCCCAAAGCUCCCAGAGCCUCGCCAUUGCACUCUUGGCCAUACUUCGCGUUUGAGGGAGUCUGGCCCUCACGCCGUGGCAUAUUUCUACCUCGUCACUGCAGCAGAGCCUGGUCCCUGGUAUGUGAUUGAUAGUGUCUUAUGGGACACGGAGAAGAAGUCGAAGCUCCGUGAAGCUACUUUCAUCGUGCCCUGCCGUGACCCUCCCUCUGCUCGUCAUCCAUUUGUGUGCGAAUGGGACGACGCCUUGAAAGUCUAUGUUGUCCGUCACCUCAAGGAAGCUGAGAACAUCAAGAGUACGAAACAACAGAGUACCAAAAAUAAAGUCACUAAGAAGAACCCAAAGCGGUCACCCAAGAAAGGAUCAAAGACGGAGGUCGAAAAUAAGGACUCUUCUGGUCCUAUGAACUCGUAUGACGGGGCCUCAGAUAAACCAGCAGGGAACUCCGAUCACAACGCCAAUGGACAACAGCAUUCCGUUGGAGAUGUGUUUAGCACUAGGAGUUUGGCUCCUCUCAACGAAGCUUCUUUGGACAAUCGAAAUCUCUCGGAUUCUGGAGAGGCGGUUGCUUUGGAUGGAAAAGAAUCGUCAUCCUGUUCUCUUGAGCCAGGCGCCUGCAGUGAAUAUACCCCUGAGCCGAACCAGCCAAUUGAAAACACUAUAAACGAGUCUUCGGAGGAACCGAACGACACCGAUAGCAACAACAUUGAUGCUCCCACCUCCAAAUUCUCUGAAUCCUUUCAGGAAGAAGUGGUCGAAGGAUACAAUGCGGCAGAUUAUGAGUGCUACCGGCAAGAUACCGAGCUCUCUGGAGACGCCCUUGACGAGAUUUACCGGCGAGACCAGGCGCAAGACGGGCAUCUCCCGAUCCAUCACUAUAACUUCUUCGGCAAUGCCAUGACCGGACGAAGCUCCACUCCUCCUGAGGUAUCUUUGCUUGUACUUCUGCUGGGUCCUAAGGGUUGGUCACACGAAGGUUGCUGCCGCGCCAGCCUUAUGUAUCGAGCAAUCAAACAUAUCGACCCGGUCCUCUACACGGGCCCGCUGGAAGUCCUGUCAUAUGCUAGAACUUCUGAUCUUCUCAAGGGUAUUGCUGGGUACGUCCACAAGUUCUACACCGGCCAUGGAACCUGGGUGCAAGAGAAGGGCAAGGCGGGUCAGAGACGGCCGAUCCUCGACCCAACCAACUCGGAUAUGUACUACUCAGAGCCGUGGCUGCCAUUCAACGGAUUGCUGAACCCUCACUGGAGAGCAUGGUCGAGAAAGGACUUCAAGGGUGGGAUGUGUGAGAUCGGGCCUGUUCGUAACAGAGUCAGGGUUAGACCUAUACCCAAGUCACCGCUCUCGCAGUGUGUGUUGGCAAGUGAGCUUUAG